CCUUCGCUUCCGCAGUAACCGCCGUGCGUGCGGCGGAAAAAUUCAAACCGUUGCCGCAACUUUCACACGCGCACGCACUCCGAUCUCCCACCUCAGCGCGUGCGGUUUGCGUCUGCACUCUGCAACUCUCUCGCUUUCGCACACCCCCGAAUUUGAAUCUUCCCUGCAGCAUCUUCGUCCCCAUCUCGGAACACACCGUGUGUCUCUCCUUAUUUAUUCUCCGUUAUCUCUUUCCUCAUCCAUCCAACCUCCUCCUUCCCUCUGUCUUGUCCAAAAGAUCAUCCUUUCCUCAGUUGGGUCGUUCUGGUUUUCGCCCAGCCAGUCUUGAUUCCGAGAGAAGAUGUUCCGCCUCAGCAACAACCUGGUCGGCAUCCUCAACUUCGUCACGUUCCUCGUCUCGGUCCCCAUCCUCGGGGCCGGCAUAUGGCUCGCCAAGCGUGCCGACACCGACUGCGAGAAGUUCCUCGAGAAGCCGGUCAUCGCGCUCGGUGUGUUCCUCAUGGUGGUGUCCAUCGCGGGCCUCGUGGGCGCGUGCUGCGGCGUCUCCUGGCUCCUCUGGGUCUACCUCCUCGUCAUGUUCCUCCUCAUCCUCCUCCUCUUCGCCUUCACCGUCUUCGCCUUCGUGGUCACCAACAAGGGCGCCGGGGAGGCCCUGUCCGGUAAAGGGUACAAGGAGUACAAGCUCGGGGAUUACUCGAACUGGCUGCAGAAGCGGGUGAACAGCACCAAGAACUGGAACAAGAUCAAGAGCUGCUUGAUCGACAGCAAGGUCUGCCAGGCUUACGCCGACAAGUAUGCUAAAGAUACCGUGGUGAACGACUUGUACAACGAGAACCUGUCGGCUCUUCAAUCCGGUUGUUGCAAGCCACCGGAUUCUUGCAACUUCACCUAUGUGAGCCCGAUUGUCUGGAAUGCUGGGACGACCACGACCUACACCGACUCGGACUGCAGUACAUGGAGCAACGACGUGAAUGUGCUGUGCUACAACUGCCAGUCUUGCAAGGCUGGCCUGCUGGACAACCUCAAGAGAGACUGGAAGAAGGUCGCCAUCGUCAACAUCAUCGUCCUCGUUGUCCUCAUCAUAGUGUACUCAGUGGGGUGCUGUGCGUUCCGGAACGACCGAGAGGACAACGCCUUCUGGAAGGGGCGGAACCCCUGAAGCGUGCAGUCGUCGACGAGUAGCGAUGGUUUAGAUGUUUAAUAGAGUGUAUUAAAAGAGAUUAGCCGAACCCGCAUUUUUAACUUGGGUCCAUGUAGUCCUUGAAUUCGAGUUUAGAUGUAUGUAUGGUCUUGUAUAGCAUCGCAUUAUGUGGAUCUGAUCAUGUUAGUUUCAUCUAGUAUUAUUCUCUCUUUUGAUGUUCA